AUGACUGCACCUCGACAAGAAAGAGAUAUUUUGAAAUUAUGUAAAUUAAAUAUUAAUUCAUCGAUAACUGUUCCCGGUAAAUGUAAUAAUCUUAAUGAUCUUAUAAAAGCUCACCCCAUUUUUUCUAUAUAUAAAGAUGGUAUCAAACGCAAAUUAGAUCAAAUGAAAUUUGAAGGUGGGGAAGGUGGCGAUACUACAGCAUUUUUAGCCGAAUUUCGUUCACAUUGUGAUAAAGCGGAAAUUGAUAAUCCACAAGAAAUUAAAUAUCGUCUCUUGAGAACAUAUUCAUCGAAUGAAUUUUUUAAAACCGAAUUCUCAAAACGUGUAACUGGCGUCACAUCGAUAGAUGAAAUUUAUAAAUUAUACAGCGAAGUUAUUUCAGAUAGUUCAAAAGCAAUUAAAUAUGGUCCUGAAUUUUUGAUAGCCAUAAAACAUCUUGCAACUGGUAAAUAUUUAUCAAGUAGUGAGAUAAAUUAUAAAACAGGAUCUAAAAGACAAGUGGUAUUUUGUGGUGAAAAAAUGCUCAAUGAAAAUUGUUGGUGGUAUCUAAACUGUGAAAAUCAAAGCCAUAAAGAUGAAUUUCAAAAAAAUAAAGUUUUGUAUGAUGAUGAUGUUUAUUUGACUCAUAAAAAAACCGGAACGACUUUAUCAAUGAGCGACUUUUAUAGGUCUCCUAGAACGUCUUAUGCAGAAGUCAAGAUGUCACUUUCGAGAUUGAAAGAUGAUAACGAAAACAAGAACGACAAGAACGAUACCAAACCAUUAAUAUUUCAAGAAGUCGUCGGACAUAAAGAAAAAAUUGGUAGAGAUGAUGAGUGGCUUAUCGAAAAGAGAUGA